AACCAGCUUUUUUUAAUACAUGUUUGGACAGGCAGAUGAUUUUCUGUGAAAUAUCAUUCAAAGAAAGAUCUGGGUCAUAUUUCACCCCACUGAGCCAUCUACUCUUGAUGACAUUCAAGCACUUUUCCUUAAGAGUCUUUUUACACUUACUUUAAAUACACUUUUUUUUUAACUGAUACCAUAAAUGAAAUCCAGUACAACAAAUGUUACAAUUGUUUUUUUUUUGUAAAUGUGUGGUAAUGUAUUAAACUUAAGAAAAUGUCAAAAUGCUAUAAACUUGAAUGGUCCUCAAUAAGCAUUAAUUUAUCUAUGGUUUACAAUGGCUGAUGUUUUUUUUUUUUUCUGUUGCUUUUGGGGCGGAAAUAUCUUAACUGGUUUCAUGAAAGUCACCCAGAAAGUUAUUAUAUUUUUUUUAUAAUUUUUUUAUUUAUUUUUAUAUUGAUUGCUUCCUUCCUUGCUUGCUUACACCGAUGAUCAGACUGAGAGCUCAGAAGUUAAAAAUGGCUAUGUUAACCAUAAUUUUUUAUUUUUUUAAGAGAUAGUCACUUGUCUUCACAGGGCCAAAUGGGUACUUCCUUUAUCAUAGCUUUAUAAAUAGACCCAGACAAGGGCUGAUUUGGCUCUUACGAAUCACUUUUGUUUGUUCCAACAUCUCAAAUAAGUCCAACAUGACUUGGCCCAAGCAAGACAAUGAGAAAACACUUUUAUAUACCCGUUCUUUGCUUUGAUGCCUUCUAUUUUGAGUUCAAAUCAAAAUAUUUGAUGUACUUUAUUUCUUUUUGAUUAAGUUGGCCCAGUAGGGGGUGUUAUUUGGCUGUUGGAGGAUGCACACAUUUGCUGUGGGUGUGGGUGGCCUUGAACGACUGCGCGAGAGAAAGAGAAGGCAGUGAAAAAAGGAAAAACGGAGAGUAAAAUUGCUGCAGUCAUGGACUUGCGCUCAGAACUGCUCAAGUGCAUUUGGUAUGCUUUCACCGCUCUAGAUGUGGAGAAGAGUGGAAAGGUAUCCAAGUCUCAACUCAAGGUCUUGUCUCAUAAUCUUUACACAGUUCUGGGUAUCCCACACGACCCAGCGGCUCUUGAGGAACACUUCAGAGAUGACGACGACGGUCCAGUGUCCAGCCAGGGAUACAUGCCCUACCUCAACAAAUACAUCCUGGACAAGGUGGUGGAAGGCACGUUUGUCAAAGAAAAUGUGGAUGAGCUCUGCUGGACUCUUACUGCCAAGAAAAACUACCGACCAGAGGGAAAGAGCGUUUUACCUGGAAAAGACGCCUUCCGGCUCUGGUGCCUGUUCAUAUUUCUCUCAGAGGACAGAUAUCCUCUGGUGAUGAUCCCUGAUGAGGUUGAAUAUUUAAUGAAGAAGUUAUGCAUGGCCAUGAGUGUUGAAAUGAACUGUGUGGAACUAGAAGACUUCAUUUCCCAAGAUUCUGUUCAGCAGAAUGGCUUCACUGUGUGGGCAUUUCUGGAGAUGAUGAAUUCUGGGAAACUAACGAGGGGCAUUGCCAAAGAAACCAUCAGUAUGGCAAUAGAGGAGGUGUACCGAGAAAUAGUGGGUGAUGUGUUGAAAGAGGGAUAUCUGUGGAAGAAAGGUCAGUUGAGGAGAAACUGGACAGAGCGGUGGUUCACCCUGAGACCCAGCACUUUAAUUUACUUCACUAGCGAGGACCGCAAAGACCGCAAAGGCAACAUUCAGCUUGAUGGAAACUGCUGUGUAGAGGUACUUCCUGACAGAGAUGGAAAGAGGUGUAUGUUCUGUCUGAAGACACUCUCCAAGACCUACGAACUCAGUGCGUCUGACACCAAACAGAGGCAGGAGUGGACUACAGCUAUCCAGACAGCCAUCCGGCUGUAUGUGGAGGGUAAAACUUCUCUUCAUAAGGACCUAAAGCUGAAACGGCGUGAGCAGCGGGAACAGAGAGAGAAGAGGAGGGAGGCGAAGGAGCAGGAGCUUCAGCGCUUCCGGGCCCUGCAGGAAGAGAGGGAGCGGAAGAUGGCAGAACUGGAGCUGCUAAAGGAGGCGCAGAGGCAGGCGCAGACACUGCUGGAGCAGGACGAACAGCGCAGACGACAGCAGCAUGAACAGCUCCAGCAGGCCCUGGAGAUUCAGCUCAAAGAGGCGGAAGAGGCGCGGGCGAGCAUGCAGGCUGAGAUGGCGCUGAAAGAGGCCGAGGCGGAGAGACAGAGAACACGAAUUAAAGAACUGGAGGCCAUGCAGCAGCGACUAGAGGAGGCGUUACAACAGGAAAUCAAAGCCAGGCAGGAUGAAGAGGCCUUCCGCUAUGCACAGGCUCGGCUACUGGCUGAGGAAGAGGAGAAGAUGAAGGCCCUCAUGUCUCUCCGUGAGGAGCAGGAGGAAUAUAUCCAGCGUGCCCAGCGUGAGAAACAAGAGCUCAAACAGGAAAUGGAAAGCAAGUCUCGAGCUCUGGAUGAAGCACAAAAGCAGCUGGAGGAGGUCAGGGCCAAUCGGCACCGAGUGGACCAGGAUGUGGUGGCUGCUCAGAGGAAGCUGCGUCAGGCCAGCACAAAUGUUAAACACUGGAACGUUCAGAUGAACAGAUUAAUGCAUCCUAUUGGACCAGGAGAAAAACGGGCCUCAGGAGGUGGAUCUUUUUCCAGCUUUCGCAUCCCUUCGCAGAAGGAUCCAGGACUGCGUUUGAAGCAGAAAUCAGAUGAGCAGGAUGAGGAAAGCAAAGAAAACAUGGAAAGCAGAGGAGGGUGUGCAUCUGACAAGCGUUUGUCUACAAAUGGAGACAUGGAAAUACCUUAACGACCUCAGAAGAAAAAGAAAUUCUCUCUUUCUCAAUGUUAAGACUGAUUUGAAUGAAGGAAAGUC